AUGGCCAAUCACCCUGACAACGACGUAAUUAUGGAUGAUGCAGUUUUUGUCCAAGUCGAAACUCCAGCGUCAAACAUCCAACUGCCAUACAAAAUUGAAUCUUCCCAGCAUCAUGGCCAAUUCGCCCGCAGCCAGUCGGUCCACCAAACAUUUUCGUCGGCUGUGCCUCGACAAGCGUCCCCAGUGAUCCAGUCGCCAAUGGGAGAGGAUCACGGAAUGAAUGUCCCAGUCAGCCAGAUGCCAUGGGCACAGCCUCCUAUGAUGGCUAACCGAGAUGUUACACCGCUUGAACAAGACGAUGAGGACCUCAUUGCAUUGACGCCUACGGCAUGUAACCAUGGCAUAUUUUGUAACAGUCCAGAGCACGAGCAUCUCCUUGCCGACUUGACCUUUUGCCAGAACCAGCUGGCGAUGAAGAACUGCGAGUUGGCGUGGUUGAUGCCUGCUGCAGAACACAGAAUCCAACAACUUGAAAGCUGCCUCGAGUGGGAGAUGAGCAAGACCGCCCAGUUACAGCAAAGACUUGACGAGCAGGUCGGCUUGAUGCAGAAAAAGGAAGAUUUCUGGACUCAAGAAGUUGCGUCGGUCCUAUCAAACAGCGAGCAACGGAUAUGCACCCUGCAAUUGCGGCUCGAGGAGGAAAAGGAAAAACGGCUGUCCGCCAGCAGCGAAGCCAAGCUAAACUACCGAAACUGGAUGACGGCGGCCCGCGAGCUGCGCAAGGUCAAUGCAUCUCUGCGCGGACCCCAGCACCUGUCAGAUCAGGACCUGAUUGACAAGACGAAGCAGCUGAGGUACAUGAUUCGCAACUUCGCCGCUACGAAUUUCAUGAAGCGAAAGGGUUACCCCGCGGUUGUCGAAAUGCUACGACAAGAGAGGCGCAAUAUCUUUCCACUUGGUCCCGGACCCGGGCAAGUGAUCAUGCGAAUGGGCGACGAUACGUUGCUCAAUGCCCAGAUUCUCAUGUUUACCGAUGACUUCUACAUUUUUAUCGAGAGUUUUAUCUGGUGCUAUCUCUCGAAAACCGUAUUUGGCCGUUUCCUCUGGGCUGGCAGGGCUGUAGAGCCGCUGACGACGCUCUUGUCGCUUUUGGGUGAUGCCCCUGGUGACCCAAUGUCAACAUCUGCUAAAAGGGCAGAGGUUUUCAAAACUUGGCGCGCCAAGACGUUUGACCUUGUCAUCAAGUCUGCGGCAGUUACUGUGGACGCAGACCAUACCUUGCAGAUACAACGGGAAGAUGCGGCAAGGUCAGUGUUGAGGCUUGCCGACCGACAACUCAGUCCACAUCUAAGUUGGGAGGAUUGCGCGGAGGAGAUCGGGCGCAUCUUUGAUGCAGCUGUUGCGCUCGACAAGGAGAUGCACAUAAGAAUCACACCCAUACAGUGGCUUACCAGAGAGGUGGGGUCAAAUACCGCAGUUGAUCCCCGAAUCAUGGUCCUUGAGAGUGGGGAGAGCCUAUGCGAAGACCAGAGAUUGUUACUCAUGGUCUCACCAGGCUUGGUAAAACGCGGGCAGGAGUCUAACAAGGAGGAGGUUUUAUUGCCCAUGGAAAUCUUUUGUCAGGAUGAAGAGACAACAAGGGAGCUCCAGAUUUCUUGGCCGCGUCAAGCAGUGCGUUUGCAGCCACGAAGACUAUUCACCAGGAUCGACAGACCACGGCAUUUUAUUUCCAAGUUGCCGGAACAAAUACGGGGGUUCUUCCGGUGA